AUGGAGGAAGAGGAAGCUCACCUCAUGCCGGCAACGCCAUUCUUCCCACUAGCAGGGCUCCACAAGUACAUCGCGAUCCUCCUCGUUGUCCUCUCGUGUGUCCUGGUCCACAGGUGGAGCCUGAGGAAGCAGAAAGGUCCGAGGCCAUGGCCGGUCAUCGGCGCAACGGUGGAGCAGCUGAGGAACUACCACCGGAUGCACGACUGGCUUGUCGGGUACCUGUCGCGGCACAAUACAGUGACCGUCGACAUGCCGUUCACGUCCUACACCUACAUCGCUGACCCAGUGAAUGUCGAACAUGUCCUCAAGACUAACUUCACCAAUUACCCCAAGGGGGACGUGUACAGAUCCUACAUGGACGUGCUCCUCGGUGACGGCAUAUUCAACGCAGACGGCGAGCUGUGGAGGAAGCAGAGGAAGACAGCGAGUUUCGAGUUCGCCUCCAAAAACCUGAGGGAUUUCAGCGCCUUCGUGUUCAGAGAGUACUCCCUGAAGCUGUCAGGCAUACUGAGCCAGGCAUCCAAGGCAGGCAAAGUUGUGGACAUGCAGGAACUUUACAUGAGGAUGACACUGGACUCGAUCUGCAAGGUUGGGUUCGGGGUUGAGAUCGGCACGCUGUCGCCGGAUCUCCCCGAGAACAGCUUCGCCCAGGCGUUCGAUGCCGCCAACAUCAUCGUCACGCUGCGGUUCAUCGACCCGCUGUGGCGCGUCAAGAGGUUCUUCCACUUCGGCUCAGAGGCCCUCCUAGCGCAGAGCAUCAAGCUCGUGGACGAGUUCACCUACAGCGUGAUCCGCCGGAGGAAGGCCGAGAUCGUCGAGGCCCGGGCCAGCGGCAAACAGGAGAAGAUGAAGCACAACAUCCUGUCACGGUUCAUCGAGCUGGGCGAGGUCGGCGACGAUGGUAGCGGCGGCUGCGGCGGAGGCAGCUUCGGGGACGACAAGAGCCUCCGGGACGUGGUACUCAACUUCGUGAUCGCCGGGCGGGACACGACGGCGACGACGCUGUCGUGGUUCACGCACAUGGCCAUGUCCCACCCGGACGUGUCCGAGAAGCUGCGGCGCGAGUUGUGCGCGUUCGAGUCGGAGCGCGCGCGCGAGGAGGGCGUCGUGCUCGUGCCCUGCGGCGGCCCUGACGACGACAAGGCGUUCGCCGCCCGCGUGGCGCAGUUCGCGGGGCUCCUCACCUACGACAGCCUCGGCAAGCUGGUCUACCUCCACGCCUGCGUCACCGAGACGCUCCGCCUGUACCCCGCCGUGCCUCAGGACCCCAAGGGGAUCCUGGAGGACGACGUGCUGCCGGACGGGACGAAGGUGAGGGCCGGUGGGAUGGUGACGUACGUGCCCUACUCGAUGGGGCGGAUGGAGUACAACUGGGGCCCCGACGCGGCGAGCUUCCGGCCGGAGCGGUGGAUCAACGAGGAUGGCGCGUUCCGCAAUGCGUCGCCGUUCAAGUUCACGGCGUUCCAGGCGGGGCCGAGGAUCUGCCUGGGCAAGGACUCGGCGUACCUGCAGAUGAAGAUGGCGCUGGCCAUCCUCUUCCGCUUCUACAGCUUCCAGCUGCUGGAGGGGCACCCGGUCCAGUACCGCAUGAUGACCAUCCUCUCCAUGGCGCACGGCCUCAAGGUCCGCGUCUCUAGGGCCGUUUGA